AUGAGUAUUAGAGUGAGGAAACGCUUCAUUAAAGUGUAUGUAUGGAGUUUGGCACUAUAUGGCUGCGAAACAUGGAUUCUGAAUAAGGCAGAACAACGAACACUCGAAAGCUUUGAAAUGUGGUGUCGGGAAAGGAUGCUGAGAGUGAGUUGGAUAGAACAUCGUACCAACGAAAGCAUACUCAGUGAAAUAGAUGAAAGCAGAGAGAUUCUCAAAACCAUCAGAGCAAGACGAUGGAACAUGAUUGGGCACAUAUUGAGGCACGAAAAUGAGCUAAUCUACAGAAUAAUAGAAGGGAAAAUGGAAGGCAAAAGGGGCCAAGGGCGUCCAAGAACUUCAUUUGUCAAACAAAUGAUUUCCGAUGCUAGACUAUCAAGCUACGCCGAACUGAAGAGGUUAGCUGGGAACAGGGAAGAGUGGAGAGCACAUGUCCAACUGCAAAACCAACCUUAAGGGUUGAAUACCAAGAGAGAGAGAAUACCAGUAGAUAGGCCUGGAAAAUGGUGCAGUCAUAUUGUAAUAGUUGAGAAAUCCAACAAGAAAUUGUGUAUUUGUCUGGAUUCAUUAGAAUUUAAUAAAAUUAUUAUUAGAAAAUAUCAAUUAAUACCUACCAUGGAUGGGAUUAGAGCAAGUCUUAGUAAUAAAGAGUGG